AUGUCUGGCAACAUGGAUCUGAGAGUUGGCGGAAAGUUCAGAAUUGGACGGAAGAUCGGAAGUGGCAGUUUCGGUGACAUUUACGUGGGGACUAAUCUACAAACUGGCGAGGAGGUCGCUAUCAAGCUUGAAUCUAUCAAGUCGAAACAUCCUCAACUGCUCUACGAGUCCAAACUAUACAAGAUUCUGGCAGGCGGUGUUGGCAUCCCUCUGGUCCAUUGGUAUGGCAUCGAAGGUGACUAUAACGUGAUGGUUAUUGAUCUCCUUGGCCCUAGUCUGGAGGACUUAUUCACCUUUUGUAACAGGAAGUUCAGCUUGAAAACGGUGCUCAUGCUGGCCGAUCAAAUGAUCAACCGUGUGGAGUAUGUUCACGCCAGGAACUUCAUUCACCGCGACAUUAAACCUGAUAAUUUUCUAAUCGGUCUCGGCAGGAAAGCCAACCAGGUCAGCAUCAUCGAUUUCGGCCUCGCCAAGAAGUUCCGCGAUCCUAAGACUCAACAACACAUCCCGUAUAGGGAAAAUAAGAAUCUCACCGGAACUGCUCGUUAUGCUUCCGUUAAUACUCAUCUUGGCAUUGAGCAAUCUAGAAGAGAUGACCUCGAGGCGCUCGGCUACGUCCUCAUGUACUUCAACAGAGGCAGUCUACCGUGGCAGGGACUGCGCGCCCAUACUAAAAAGGAUAAAUACGAGAAGAUUAUGGAAAAGAAGAUGAGUACUCCAGUUGAGGUCCUCUGUAAGAACUUCCCUUGUGAGUUCGUCAACUACUUGAACUACUGCCGAAGCCUGAGGUUCGAGGACAGGCCGGACUAUGCUUACCUACGUCGGACUCUCAAGGACUUGUUCUUCCGCGAGGCAUUUCAGUACGACUUUGUAUUUGAUUGGACAAUUCUCAACUACGAAAGAUCGCAGCAAAGCACACAAGGUUCGGCUGGGGGGGCGAAUCAGGGUAAGCCGGCGCAAGCGGCUGGUCAAGCGAAGUAA